UCCUUAAAAAAUGAUAUGGGCCAAGUGAACCUCACGGGCGCUUUUGGCCCAAUUGAGAAGCUCAGGCCUGAGGGGAAUCACAGUUCCUCCCUCUCCACGGCAACUCUAUCCUGCGCGGCCACGGGAGACCGAGCAGCAGCGCAGGCAACGCCGGAGAAGAAGAGGGGAGAGAGCUACCGCCGUCGAACUCGGGACGCCGGUAAAAGUUCACUCGUCGGAGAGGAGGGCGAAUCGAGGAAGAGGGAGGUUAGCAUGGUGAUGUGGGGGGAUCUGGGGACGAUGGAGCUGGAGAUCCUGGGCAUGAACUUCGGGUGCGUCCUCUCGGCGCUCGCGGACACCAAGAUCCCUGAAAAGGACUGCCUCCUCCCGCUUGUCUCCAAGCUCCUCGGCUACUGCAUCGUCGCCGCCUCUACCACCGUCAAGCUCCCUCAGAUAUUAAAGAUUUUAAAGCAUGGAAGUGUUAGAGGACUUAGUGUAGCAUCCUUUGAGCUUGAGCUCAUUGGCUACACAAUUGCUCUGGCAUAUUGUAUUCAUAAAGGACUUCCCUUUUCAGCUUAUGGAGAGCUUGCUUUUCUGUUGAUCCAAGCAAUUAUCUUGAUUGUAAUCAUUUACUAUUACUCACCUCCUAUGGGAAGCAAAACAUGGAUGAAAGCUUUGAUAUAUUGUGGAUUAGCUCCAACAGUUCUGGCAGGAAAAAUUGAUCCAGGUCUUUUUGAAAUCCUUUAUGCUUCGCAGCAUGCCAUAUUCUUUUGUGCUAGAGUACCGCAGAUAUGGACAAAUUUCACGAAUAAGAGCACUGGCGAGCUGAGCUUUCUGACUUGCUUCAUGAACUUCGCUGGUUCCCUUGUAAGAGUUUUUACCAGCAUCCAGGAGAAGACUCCGUUGAGUGUUCUUAUGGGUUCGGCAAUCGGCAUCGUGACAAACGGAACAAUCUUGGGUCAGAUAAUGAUGUACCAAAAGCCCACCCUAAAGAAAGAGAAGAAAGAAGAAUAAGCAGAAGACAAGAAACGAAAGGAGGUUCUUCCUGGUGGUUAACAAUUUUGUUCGGAGAGCUCUUGGAGCAAAAGGCGCCACCAUAUGAACUUACCUGCAGACCCAUUUCAAUUAACGUAAACAGGCCCCAGCAGACAUUUGUGAUGAUGAAAAUAGUAGGCAGCAUGGACAUUCUUUUUGUUUGUACCUCGUAGAAAGUGUUGUGAUGGCUGGGGGUCUGGUUUUGUUUUUUCUUUUGACAGCAAGCUGGAGGUAUAGUUAAAAUGGACAGAUCGAGUGGUGGUUCUAGUUACACUGCAACUGUUUGGUUGAUGGGAAGAUAAAAAUUUCUUCAGUUUUCAUACGCUA